AUUCCUGCUUGCAGCAAGCUCCCAGCCUAUAACUGUGUAGUACCAAGGCAGAGCCAGUGCAGCACAGGAAGAGACAGAGCAAGGGGGAAUAUUAGGAGGUGGGGGGCAGGGAGACAGAGGGCUGCGGGAGCUAAACCGGCCAACGCUCCGGCGCGCACAUACAGGGCUUUUCCCGGGACAGCCAGGGGCGCUGCGCCUUUAACGCCUGGGUACAGUACUGCACAUGUAUGGGGGAACUCUAGGCGGGGUUAAAGUUCAGCUCAUGGAGCGGCUCAGCUGGCUGCACUUCGCAGAGUUGGAAAUGUGAAAGCAAGAAGCAGGCUUGGUUUUUUUCCCUCUCUCUUUCUUCCCCUUCCUUUCCCCCCAUACACACCUCUGUACCACCAACAUAUCCCCCCCGAUUCUCUGGGCACCUCCAGCAGGAAUGUACUCUCCGCUCUGUCUGACCCAGGAUGAGUUCCAUCCCUUCAUUGAAGCACUUCUUCCUCACGUACGUGCAUUUUCUUACACGUGGUUCAACCUUCAAGCCCGAAAAAGAAAAUACUUCAAAAAACAUGAAAAGCGCAUGUCAAAAGAGGAGGAAAGAGCAGUGAAGGAUGAAUUGUUAAGUGAAAAACCUGAGGUCAAACAGAAAUGGGCAUCCAGACUCCUGGCAAAAUUGAGGAAAGAUAUUAGGCCAGAGUACCGAGAGGAUUUUGUGCUCACAGUUACUGGGAAAAAACCUGCAUGUUGUGUUCUCGCCAACCCCGACCAAAAGGGCAAAAUGCGACGAAUUGACUGUCUUCGUCAAGCAGACAAAGUCUGGAGGCUAGACCUUGUAAUGGUGAUUUUAUUUAAAGGUAUUCCACUCGAAAGUACUGAUGGCGAACGGCUUGUAAAGUCUCAACAGUGCUCUAAUCCUGGUUUGUGUGUACAGCCCCACCAUAUAGGAGUUUCGGUCAAGGAACUCGAUUUAUACUUGGCGUACUUUGUACACUCAGCAGAUUCAAGUCAAUCAGACAGUCCAAGCCAGCAUAGUGAGGCUGACAUUAAGGAGCAUCCAGAAAAUGGUCAUUUGGGCUUCCAGGACAGUUUUGUUACAUCAGGUGUUUUCAGUGUUACUGAACUUGUAAGAGUAUCACAAACACCUAUUGCAGCAGGAACAGGUCCCAAUUUCUCAAUUUCUGAAUUGGAUAGUUCGUCAUACUACAGCAUGAGCCCAGGAGCAAUGAGGAGGUCACUUCCUAGCACGUCCUCUACUAGUUCCACAAAGCGCCUCAAAUCGGUAGAGGACGAGAUGGACAGUCCUGGUGAGGAGCCAUUUUAUUCAAGCCAAGGACGUUCCCCGGGAAGUGGAAGUCAGUCAAGUGGAUGGCAUGAUGUGGAGCCAGGAAUGCCAUCGCCUACUACAUUAAAGAAGUCAGAGAAGUCUGGUUUCAGCAGUCCCUCUCCUUCGCAGACCUCUUCCCUUGGAACAGCAUUCACACAGCAUCAUCGACCUGUCAUUACAGGACCCAGAGCAAGUCCACAUGCAACUCCAUCAACUCUUCAUUUUCCGACAUCACCUAUUAUCCAACAACCUGGGCCAUACUUCUCACACCCAGCAAUCCGAUAUCAUCCGCAGGAGACGCUAAAAGAGUUUGUCCAACUUGUCUGCCCCGACGCUAGUCAGCAGGCUGGACAGGUGGGGUUCCUAAAUCCUAAUGGUAGCAGCCAAGGCAAGGUGCACAAUCCAUUCCUUCCUACUCCAAUGUUGCCACCACCUCCUCCGCCACCAAUGGCUAGGCCUGUGCCUUUGCCUGUGCCAGACACAAAGCCUCCAUCUACAUCUACAGAAGGAGGAGCUGCCUCUCCCACGUCACCAACCUACUCAACACCUAGCACCUCCCCCGCAAACCGAUUUGUCAGUGUUGGACCACGGGAUCCAAGCUUUGUAAAUAUCCCACAACAGACACAGUCCUGGUACCUGGGAUAAAGGUCACAGAUUUCCAUCACGCACCUGACAGACCACCUGACCCUUUCCGUCUCUGUAACCUGGAAGCAAGUAACAACACAGCACAGUUACUUCGUGUCAAUGGAAGGGGAGACAAACUUAUAUGUCAACAGGAAAACAACUUCAAGAAAAAAAUAAUAUCUGUGGUCGCAUGACAAUGACCAUUUUCAAUUUCAAUCUUUUUUUUUUUUUUUUUUUUUUGGUCACUUUGGAGUCUGGAGAAAUUCUUCUGAAAUUCUUCUUAAAGAAAAAGUUGGGCUUCACUGUGUUUAAAGUGUUUUGCUGGUAGUGUAAACAUUUGGUUAUGCUGGAUAGGCUUAGUCUGAUGUUAUUUACUGAUUUCCUGUAAGACACUUGUCAGUUGAAGCCCACCAUUUUCUCUGAAGCUCCUUUUAUUUCCAUGAGUGUGAUACUUCUUUAAGCCUUGUGAAGGAGCAAUCCAUAUAUUAUGAUAUGCGCUUCUACUCUACCUAAGGGUACAGGCUGCAAAAUCAAGAAAGUAGUCAAAACCCUGCAUGUUUUAUUUAUAUAUGAUGGAGUGCAAUGUAAGCUAAGUAACAGGGGAGGAGAAAAAAAUCCUUGACCCUUACCGAAAUGAUGAAGUUGUUUUACCAAUCACACCUGACAUGUUGUGUUGUAUGACAUAUCAAAUUCAAAAUGGCCACCCUUCUUUUUUGACAAGGAGUAAUCACAUCCAUGACCCUUGAGGCAAUGUUCCUCUCGAGUUGCAGAACGAUGUAAAGAGUAUGCUGAGAACUCCUACUAUUCAACUUACUAAAUGCUGCACUUACACAUAAGCUUUUUUAAUCAAAUUUUCAACAAUUACACAGAAACACAGCAGUGGGGAAGAUGGUCUGUUUUGACAGAAACUGACAGGAAUUAAUCAUAACAAUCGUGUUUGGAUUGAGUAAAGUGCAAUUUCAUUGGAUAGGUAAAUAUCUUUGUAAGAUAGAGAUUGUUGAAAAUUCUAUUUUUGUUUUCCAAGUCCUCUCACCCUAGGACUCUAAAUUAUUGGGGUAAAAACAGCCUUGCAAAAGAAAGGGGAGCUAUUUUUGCUUUUUAUGUUUUUUAUUGUUAAACUUGUAUCCCUUUAAAACUAAAAGAAAAUGUAAAAAAAAAAUAUAUAUAUAAAACAUAAUGGUGCUUUUACCACAAUAUGUUAACUACAUUAACUGCUAAGUAAUCAUUUUCUGUUAUCAAAGCACAUAACUAAAAUGAAAUCAUAAUAUCUUAAUUUUAUAAGCUAAAGUCACUAUUAAUGGAGUAUGCCGAUUCAGACAAAUGCUACACGUUCCCUAUACAUAGGAUUUUAUCAGACCCCCUCCAAAUCUGUCGUGGUCCAGUCUAUCCAUGUCAUUCUGAUCACUUCGUCUCACUUUGAUCAUCUCUGGACUAAAUAUUGAGUGAACUGGGGUUACAGCACUUGCUGAAUAAAUACAAUUGGAUCAUAAACUUCAUGUAUGUUAUGUACUUAAAAAUAGAAAAAGACAAAAAAAAAGCUUAAAAAAACAAAACAAACAGAAUACAUGUGAUUUUCUUUUUCUACCAGACAGCGGAGCAUCCCUUUGCUUCGCAUGCAACUUAAAGAAGGUUUCCUAUACUAUACAUAUAUAUUAUACUUUCCAUUUGGCAAAUCUGCCAACAUGGAAAAAAAAGUCUCUGCAUGUUCUAGUGUUAGUAACUCAUUUUUAUAUAGUUAUAGUAGGAUAAAGUAGAGUGCAUUAAGACAAAACAUUUUAAUCCCAAGACCAGGCACUUGCCUUUUUACCCCAUCAUCUGUACAGCCAAAAUAGGGCCCACUAAAAUAUUUUUUUGGUUUUGUUAUUCUUUGGUAGUGAAGUUUGGAGUUAAACUCUGUUUGGUCAGUCCUGUUAAAGGGCUUUUACUACUGUCCCAAACAAUCAAUUCAAUGAAAAGUCAUGGGAAGACACUUUGCUCCUCAUCUUUUUAUUUUAACCCCUGAAAUUGUAGUGUUUUAUAUUUUUAGCUUCCUCUUAAAUCUUUGGGUCCUAUGUGUGGGCCUUCAAUGUUGGAGCAAACGUGCAGGGCUUUGCAGGCCCUUCUAGUGCUCUUGAUGGUUCAUUUGCACGAAGAUGAAAAGUUUCAAUAUCAAUGUGCCUUGCCCUGGAUAGUGAUUACUUGUGGAAUAGUUGCACAUAUUCCUAAAUAGGUAGUAGGGAGAAACCUCUCCGGUCACUCGUUUUGGAGACACACUUUAUUUCUUCUUGUAAAUGUGAUUUUCAGGUCAGACAUGGCAGGCUUCACCACAUAGUUAUUGAGUUGUACCCCACUAAUAGGAGUAGUGUGCUUAGUAUUGUAGCAUCUGUACUCUUCUCCUUAGGAGAUCAGUAUUCUUUGGAAUGUUUGCUGCAUUGUGAAAUUUUAUUUUGUCUUCCUAUUAUUAUUGUUAUUUUUCCUGAUCAAUGAAAAUAUGCAAUACCUGCUUAUAUUGUUUAGUUAAA